AUGAACGAAAGCCCACACCAAUAUACCCUUUCAGAAACAGGCUGUGCUUCUGAUGUCCCCGAUGCUAUGGGUCUACAAUCGCCCUCUUCCUUACCACAGCCUCGCAUGAGCCUAGCCACAGUCCACGAAAUAUUGUACCGCAUCGGUCAAACCUUUUCUCACGUCCAAUAUGCCGUCUGCGGCACCGCAGCCAUGAUUGCCUAUGGCUUCACCGACCGCCUCCCCGUAUACGUCAGCAUAAUAUGUCCAACCCAUACCAAAGACGUCAUCAAAUCUUGGGCUGUGGCAGGCGGCAUGUCUACCUAUUCCUCAGAACCCGACGUGAUUGGCGUCACGGUUGCUGGCGACGAGGUCUGGAAAAUCUGGGUUAAGUACUUGGCAAUGGACCAGAGCCACAGAUUCGACAGACUAGAAACGGUCGGUAUGGCAUUCGGUGGGAACGAUGUUACGACGCAAGUUCUGACCAUGCCAGCUUUGUUGAACCAGAUCGCCAUGAGGUAUAUCGAUGGGAGGGAAUCGGAACCGUGGCGGUACAGAGAGAAAUUAGCGGGAGACGCCGUGUGGUUAUUGGAGCGCAUCUGCGAGAGUCACAUGCCGGAACAAAGUUUGAUGGGUGCGAGGAUUUCGAGUGUGAGAGACCCGGCAUUCUGGCUUGUUUUUACAACAGCGCACCCGGAGACUGUGGAGAUGUUUUACAAUGCGGGAUUGAGGGACGAUGAUGAAGAGUCCGUGGGUGAUUGGGGAUGGAUAGAGGGUGAGGAAGAUGUUCAGCCUCGCAUUGAGUCAUCAAUGUCGUCCCAUGCGCCGCUUCUUCAGCCAAAGGAGCAACGGGACACAGACAGUGACCGGACCCCGUCACGAGGGUCAUCCCGGGCUCAUGACAGGCAUCAUGCUAAUGGCGGAAGUCGCUUCAGCAACUGUCUGAGGCGUCGGCCGAACUUGACGCGUGCAGAGGAAAGGCGGGUGCUGAUGGACGGUAGGUCCCGUACGUUCCGGCGCAGGAGCUCCGGUGGCGGAAGGCGGUUAUCGAAGGUGUUCUGUUUGAGUGGCACUUUCGAUGAAUUUCUUCGCACACGUCGUUAA